CAGGGUAAAAAUGGGUCAAUGGAAGGUGAUGAUCCUAAUCUGCUUAUAUGGAGCUGUCAAGGAAUUCCGUCCGACUGAACCAUACAUGUACGAGUAUCAGCACACUGUGCUCAAUAUCAGUGAGCACACUCUCAACAGUGAGGUUUACCCCAUUUGGACAUACAGUUACUUGGUUGCAUUAAUACCAUCAUUUUUGCUGACAGAUGUGCUUUUGUACAAGCCAAUACUGAUCAUUGAGGCUUUAUCAUAUUUUGCUUGCUGGAUGAUUUUUGUAUUUGGAAGGUCUGUGUGGUGUAUGCAGCUUCUGGAAUUGUUUUACGGAUGGGCGACGGCUACGGAAAUAGCGUAUUUCGCAUAUAUUUAUGUAAAAGUUCCAAAGGAAGAUUAUAAGUCAGCUACAGCGUACACCCGAGCUGCUCUCCUAGUUGGAAGAUUUCUUGCCUAUACAUUGGCUCAACUUCUUAUUGGACUCAACUGGGCCGACUACAUGACACUGAAUAUUAUCAAUUUGGUUUCAAUGACCUUUGCAGUAUUUUUGGCCGCCAUCCUUCCCCAUGUGCCAUGGAGAAAUGCUUAUCAGAAGAAACUUGAAGAUAAAAAAUCUGUUACUGAUUUGGAGAGUCUAGUCAGUGAAGCUAAGUAUUCGGAUUAUUUGAAACUAUUUUUCGUGGAGCUCCAUCAGAAUCUAUACACAAUUUAUAAAAACCCAUUGGUGUUGAAGUGGUCCAUUUGGUCAGCACUUUCGAGUUGCAUUUUCUACCAGAUUAUCAACUACACUCAAACAUUAUGGGGAACUCUUCCUGAAAAAGAAAAUAAAUAUAAUGGUAUCCCUGAAGCUUUGGUUCCAUUGCUCGGAAUCCCUGCAGACCUUAUCACCCGACAGAUGAAUGUAAAUUGGAAUAGAUGGGGAGAUGCUCUAAUAUCAGUUGGCUCCCUGCUACAAGCUGGUCUCUUGUUCUGGAUGUCACAGUCUCAUGAAAUCAUAAUUUUGUACAUUUGUUAUAUAAUCUAUCGAGUUAUCUAUCAGUUAACCACUACAAUUGCUCAAUCAACACUUGCACUCACACUUGAUUCACGGUUGUUCGGGUUAUUGUUCGGAAUCAAUACAUUUGUAGCAUUGGCUCUACAAUCAAUACUUACAGCAAUAGUGAUAGAUGCGGAGAAGCUGGCUAUUCGAGCACAGUUUGUGGUGUAUUCCGGGUAUCAUAUUGUGGUUGCUACUCUUUUUGGCAUAAUUUUUGGAAUUUGGGCGAUUAGGACAAUUUGGAGGAAACGAUCUCACUGAAUUUCAUACUUUAAUAAAACAAUUAUUAUUUUCUAUUCAGUUUAAACAUUUCUAAUAAAACAUGCCAUUUU